CACACUCAGAGCAGUGAGGUGGAGCUCAGAGUUUUUCGUCGCUGCAGUUUUUGGGAGUUUUCGGUCGGACUGAGGACAGAGUCGUCAUGGUGACCACCGAGACCCACCAGAGCCAGGACUUGCUGGUCCCCUCCCAGAACCAGGACCUGCAGGACCUGCAGGACCAGCAGGAGGAGGACCAGGUCUCACCCUCGUCCCCUCUGGCAGGACUGGACCCGGAGACGAUGGCUCAGGGUCCCGUCAACGCCAUCACGGUCCUCACGCUGCUCGACAAACUGGUCAACAUGCUGGACGCCGUCCAGGAGAACCAGAACAAGAUGGAGGUGCACCAGGUGGAGAUGGAGGGCGUGGUCAGAGGGAUCCAGGCCGACAUGACCAAACUGUCCAAGAGCCACAGUCACACGUCCAACACCGUCAGCAAGCUGCUGGACAAGAGCCGCAAGCUGUCCGUCACCAUGAAGGAGGUAAACGACGCACACCUGGACACCUGUCCUUAAAUAUAUGUCACACCUGUCCUUAAAUAUAUGUCACACCUGUCCUUAAAUAUUAUC